CCAUGAAUGAGGCCCCGGCCACAUACCGAAGCGGAGUCUUGUCCGGCCUCCAAAAAAACGGCAGUUUCCUGUGACAGCAACUCCCUAGUGGAUGUUGGGCAGAGCCAGUGUGGCAUGCAUGCUGCAGGUCGUAUACUGGGUGGGCGGUGCUAACGCAUUUCCAAAGUUUUGGAGUUUUCAAAAGUCACUUGGUCAGAGAGUAAACCCUCAGCUUGGCAACCGCGUUUGUCCCCGGAUUGUCAGUAUUACCCCGGAUCCCACAAUUCUUACUUGCUCGCCUGGACAAAGAACGGCUCAUCUCGUCUCUGCAAUGUAAUGCAACGCUGGGCGGCGGGCGCGGGGCAACAAGGAACAGUCUUGUAACGAAUAAUGUGAGCGGAUGGAAGGGGAUAUGGCCGCGGGCCUAGACUUGCCAAGCAAACUAGUCCUCCACAUCCCACUCACACAUCCACACGCCUGUCUCCAACACCGUCAGCACCGACAAAUUCGGCCCUGUUUUCGUCCCUGGCGAAUCAACUUGCGCAGCUUUAUCUUUCCCCCGCGAUGGGCCCAAUAGUGGAAAGCCCAUUUCGUUUCCCCCUCAUUUUCUUCCCCAUUUCCCCAGAGCCCAAAGACAUUGACACAAUGCGGGGAACUGCUGGUCACGAUGGAUAUAAGAAACAGCCCUGCUCCACUUACACAACCCUUCUCACAACUUUGGUCUGUGUAACAGUGACAUUGUCUGCUCUUCCUCAUAUUAAUAAGGGCAACUACCUUCUUCCGUUUUUCACUUCUCCAAACCUGUUCAUUUUUCCCAAUCUUUCCCCCCUCCCCAUAGUUCACAAUGACAGACCAGGCCGUUCGCACGGUCCCCAAUGAGCCCGCCGACCCAUUGGCCAAGGGCAUCAUUGCGACCGCUAAGCAGUCUUUCAGAGAUCUCUUCAUCUGGAAGCAGCGUGUCGUCGUCUCCAACGAAUAUGGAGAAACAAGAUGUGAAUGGCAGCAGCCAGAUCGCUUCCAGAACCCUUUCAGUCUCAUGGCUCAGCUGUCGGCUAAGGACUGGCUCUUCUUCGUUGUCGGCUGGCUCGCCUGGACGGCCGAUGCCUUUGAUUUCCAUGCCCUCUCUAUCCAGACUGUCAAGCUGGCCGACUACUACGGUCGCUCCAAGUCUGACAUCACCACCGCCAUCACCCUCACACUCCUCCUUCGCUCUGUUGGCGCCGCUAUCUUCGGUUUGGCUGGCGACAAAUGGGGCCGCAAAUGGCCCAUGGUUGCCAACAUGAUCAUCCUGGGUCUUCUUCAGAUUGCCACUAUUUACAGCCACACAUUCUCCCAAUUCCUUGCCGUCAGAAGUCUAUUUGGUCUCUUCAUGGGUGGUGUGUACGGCAACGCCAUUGCCAUGGCCUUGGAACAGUGCCCUGCCAAUGCUCGUGGUCUCAUGUCUGGUAUCUUGCAGCAAGGCUAUUCCAUGGGAUAUGUUCUCGCCGCAUGUGCCAACCUUGGCGUUGGUGGUUCAACCGACAGCUGGAAGACUGUUUUCUGGAUUGGAGCUGGAUUCUCCAUUGGCGUCGGUCUUGUUCGCAUUGCCUUUCCCGAGUCGAAGCAGUUCAUCGAGGCCAAGAAGAACGGAAAGAAGCAGUCAUCCCCUGGUGCCUUCUGGCGCGAGACAAGAACGAUGCUCAAGUCUGAGUGGAAGAUGUGUGUUUACUGCGUCUUACUCAUGACUUGGUUCAACUUUUACUCGCACACCUCGCAAGACUCAUACACAACCUUUAUGCUAAAGCAGAAGGGGCUCAAGAAUGACGCCGCCUCGCGCGCUUCCAUCAUGAUGAAGGUCGGAGCCGUUGUUGGCGGCACUAUCAUUGGAUAUGCCAGUCAGUUCAUCGGACGUCGCCGCACCAUUCUCUUUGCCUCAUUCAUGUCUGCUCUCAUGAUUCCCGCAUGGAUUCUCCCUGAAGGCGAACAAUCCCUCAGCGCUUCUGGAUUUUUCAUGCAAUUUUUUGUGCAAGGAGCUUGGGGUGUUAUUCCAGUACACCUUAACGAGCUAGCGCCUCCUGCUUUCCGAUCAUCAUUCCCUGGUAUCACUUAUCAACUUGGUAACAUGAUUUCGUCGCCCUCAGCCCAGAUUGUCAACAUCAUUUCUGAGAAGAACUUUGUGCGAGCAUCAAGUGGUAAGCUUGCGGAGGCAUAUGGCCCAGUUAUGGGUAUUGCAACCGCAAUCAUUGCCAUGGGUAUCUUUGUUACCACUAUGAUUGGUCCCGAGCGACGUGGCCGUAGCUUCGACACUGUGGUCGCUGGUAUGGAGAGUGACACUUCUCUGGAGAAGGUUGUUUCAUACGAUGAAGAAAAGGGCAAUGUCGAAGUUGAGGAGAAGAAGCAGUAAGGCAGUUCAAAAUUUAUGUACGGUUCAUAGCAGUAUGUAAGCCAGAAGAAGGCCAUGAUGAUCACGUCUGAUUUUCGUUUCAC